AUCGAUAGGUUUCGAUAGUAGAGAGCCAGCUGAUAUGCGCAGAGUUGCACGUGGAAGAAAACUUGGCGAAAAUGGAAGCAAAACGUGCCCCAGAGUCGUUGAAGGAAAUGAGGAUGGAGCUGGAGAGUCUGCGAGUGGCGCAGAUGAACCUCUUAGCAAAGGCCCAGAGCUCGCUAGCAUCUCCGAUGAAUAUCUUAACUGAUGUGCUGGAAUCGGACCCUGUACUGCGCACGGCUGCCGCGAAUGUAGAGGCAGUCCUCAAGGAGAACCCCGCAGACGACGAACAAAUUAAACCGCUUUAUGACGCCCUGGUAGAGCGCGCCAACCCAGUGGCCGCCGGGGACACAUUGACGAGAAAGCAGGCCUCCAAGCUAGCAAGCGCCACGGCGCUGCGCAACCUCCUGAUCAAGGCUGUUGUCUACGCGGGCAUGAGAACCGAAUACCUCCAGCAGCAGGUGGCUGCCAGACUCCGGAAGAACAGCAAGGAGGUGGCAUCUCCUUCUUCGGGCACCUUGAAACCUGCGGAGGUCUUGGAAGUACUGGGAAUCCUGCCGCCCUCGAAGAAGAAUAGAGUUCUCAAGCAAAAGGAAUUGCCGCAGAGAAGGAUGACCAGGAGCCAGCGUUGCGACCUUUUUAAGAUUUGAUCUCUGGUCAUUGUUUUCUAGUAUUUAUGAAUAUAAUGCCCGGCUAGCACGGCAGA